UGUGAUUGUUAGUGAGUGUCAGAGAUGGAAGUGAAGCUGCAGCUCAGUGUCUUCGUGUUACUCAUACAGGUUUCCCUGGCGGUCCGGCAGCGUGUGACUGUGAUAAAAGGUCAGACCCUCAGCUUAACCUGCCCGCUUACUAAUGCUCACAAGACCAAUGUCGACUGGAAGAACCCUGAAGGAUAUAUUAUGUUCUUUAACGCCAACCAAGGUGAAGCUUUAAAGGACAAGCGCUACAGCAUCACAAAUCUGUCGGAGUCAGAGUUCAGCAUCAGUAUUUCCAAUGUCACCUUCAAAGACGGAGGAAACUACACAUGCUCUCACUAUCAUAAUGGCACAACAGAGAGGAAAGUGGAGGUGACAGUAUUAGGCCUUCCCAAAAUGCAAGUAACAAAGCAUAAUGGAAAGUUUGUGAUAAAAUGCACUGCUGAGGCGAACCACUAUCCUCCCCAGAUCUUCUGGAAAUUGAAUCGUGGGCCUGAAAUUCUUGCACACGCCCAGGUCCACCAUGAAGGCAAAAAAUAUGUCUCAGUGAAUAUGUUACAUCUUCACUCAGUGAAGAGCAGAGUCACUGUGAAAUGCCUUGUUCGCCAUCCGGCGCUGCUCUCAGAACCUCUGAUGAACUUUGUCCCAAUUCAACAACAUUUAACAAAGCCCCGGCGCACAACCACGACCAGAUCACCCAUAACCCAGCCUCGAGGGUCAACAGAGGGGCAGACAACAACAAGCAGCUGGUCCAGACAUGGGAGAACAACAGCGUACCAUGCAGAGGUGGACAGGACUUCAUCACACAGCUCUACACAGUUAUCAACUGUUCCCCCCAAUCAGCUGUUUUCCUCCAGUGAGCCAAAGAGGGCCACUGGACUUCCUCUGAACCCUGUUACAUCCACAGGCUCACAGCUCAACACUAGUGGCUCAACCAGGAGCAAUGACACCAUCCAAAAUGCAACAAGCACAACAGGCUGGACAUCUGAGACCACGGAGGAGAUCACAUCCCAUAACCGCACCGAGGGAAACACAACAGUGAGUGACCCAAAGAAGCAGAUAGAAACUAGAAGUUCAUCAUUACUGGUCUUCCUGGUUACAUGCCUGAUCGUUGGUCUUCUGGUGGUAGUGAUUUUUUUUGCCAUCAAGCUGAGGAGAGCGCACAUUACCUGGAAGAGAGUUUUUAUUGUUACAGAGAAUGAGGACUCUGAUCCAUCAGACGAUAGCAGUAAAUCAAAAUACAGCCAGGAAGACAAGAACUCCCAAGGACAAAGGCGAAGAGGGCUCUUUAACACGGCAUUCACACGGUACGAAGUUGAAAAGCCAGCUGUGAUAACCUCGGUGAUAAACACAGCUGCGAUGGCAGACACAGAGAACGAAAACAAAGAGCAGACGUCUCCACCUCAAACCCCAGGACAAACUUCCACCAAGUGUGACAUAAAGGAGACAGAGCUGUAACAAUCUGUAAAAUACAACAUUUAUACCAUCAGCAAUGUCAUUUGCACCGUUAUCAUGCUCACAGAUUAAGCUGAUUAGCUUUUUUACCGCACUUGUAAAAAAGGAAAUGUUUACACAUAAAAUAAUGUUGUAACUUGCUAGUACUGUAUUUUAGCCUACCGUGUAAAUACUGUAUACAUUUUCUGUUUGAAUGUACCAAUAAAUUCUAUUUUGCUACAA